CAGAGCGCGGUAAUUAGUUAUCACCGUGUUUCACAGAUAGAAACGAAGACAAGAGAAGGAAGGACUUAUUCUCUCUACCUUCGUUUCUUCAACUGGACUAACACUGAACCACCCUCACUUGAAGAUGGAUUUUAAUUUCUACUCUCAGGCAACAGUUAUCUCACCUGAAGGAAGAAAUGACACACAAUGUGGGAAUCUUGUCAGGUCAAUAGAUGAUGAUUUUGAAAUUGGCGAUUUGCCCGUCAAACUUGAGCUUAGGUAUGCGAUAGAAGCUAAACGAGCGGAAAAAGGUCUCGAUAUGCCUGUCAUGGAUGAUGUACCAAGACGCCCAAGAGAACUUACUGCUGAAGAAGAAGAGCGUCGAAGAGUUCGCCGCGAAAGAAACAAAGUCGCCGCUUCUCGAUGCCGUGUAAAACGAAAACAUCAUGUUCGAAAGCUACUGAAAGAGUCGGAUGAUCUUUCAAAAUCAAAUAACGAAUUAGAAAACAUAAUCGAUAAAUUAAAAUAUGAGAAAAACCGUUUGGAAGAAGCAAUCCGAGGACAUCUUUGUAAACAUACAAAUAACUUGAGAAUAUCGACAGAACUGAGGUGUGCUGGUAACUAAGUUGGUUCUGCCAAAAUGGUGGUGUUCGUUGUUUAAAAGUUGGUUGAAGAAUGUUGGUGUAUAGAAGCAAGAGAAUCAGUUAAUACUUGUGAGCACUUAUUUGUUUAGAAGUAAUUUGUUAUAGCGCGAUGUAAGCGACAUAUUCAGCGUUACUCUACCAAACGUUGGAAGUGGAUUUUUAAUUUCCAAAUAUCUUCUGUUUCCUUUCUCCUCACACUGGUCGCAAUAGCUUUUAAGGUACGAUUUUUCUAAGGAUUAGGUGAAUCAGCUGAAAGUCCGUACGCAUUCAUGCUCUCACAUGUUUUUAUUGAUUUAAAAUUUAGUCUUUAUCUGUGUCUACAAAUUGCUUCUAAAUUUCAUAUGAUUUUUUGUAUCUCUUAUAUUCCAUAAAAGGUUGCCGUGUAUUUACCUUAUUUUGUAUGGGUUCAAAAAGAACACUUAAGCAUUUUCAACAAGUUAAGCAUUUACUUCGAAACGAGUUGACCUACUCUCUUCAAGAUAGCACUCGUGUCUCGCAAUCACCAUGUGUAAAGUAAACCUGAACUAGCUGACGUCAACAAACCACGUUGUAAAGUAUGCACGACUCUCCUCCUCUUAGGUUAUCAUGUAUUGCUGUGGCACCCUUCUUCUGCUUUUUCUGUUUCAAAAACCAUUUUAUUCAAAGGAUAAAUUUAAAUCUUCUAUAUAGAAAAUCCAUUUACAAAUUUUAAAUUUUUUUCGCAAAGUUUAAACUUAACAUCAACUGUUUGAUGGUUAAAAUCAAUAAACUGAGUUAUCUGAGUGACGGAAACUAACUAAUGGCGAUUUUGAGAAAUGACUGAUGACUGAUAAUUACUUACUGAUGACGGAUUACUACUGACUGAUGACGGACUAUUACUUACUGAUAACGGAUUAUUGCUGACUGAUGACAGGUUGUCUACUGACUGAUGGCGGAUUAUUACUAGCUAAUAACAAUAUAAACUGACUGGUGACGGUUAAUUACUAACUGAUAUGACGGAUAUUUACUAAAUGAUGACGGCUAUCUUCUCACCGAUGACGAAUAUCUACUGAGUGAUGACGGAUAUCUUCUGACUAAUGGUGGACUGACUGAUAAUGGAUAUCUACUGACUGAUGACGGAUAAUUACUAACUGACGACGGGUAUCUACUGACUGACAACGGAUAUCUACUUAUUAAGGACGGUUAUCUUCUAACUGAUAACAUUUAUCCACUAAAUAAUGACGGCUAUCUUCUAACCGAUGACGGAUAUCUACAGAGUUAUGAAGGCUAUUUUCUAACUGAUGACUGCUAUCUUCUAACCGAUAACGGCUAUUUACUGACUGAAGACAGAUAUUUAUGAAUGAUGGGGGUUAUCUUUAGACUAAUAAUGGACUGACUGAUGACUGAUAUAUACUGACUGUUGACGGCUAUUUACAGACUAAUGACGGAUAUCUACUGAUUGAUGACGGAAAACUACCAAAUGAUAAAGGAGUAUUACUGACUGAUGCUGGAAGACUACUAAGUGAUGACGGAACGGACUGAUGACGAAAAACUACUGACUGAUAACAGAAAAAGUACCGACUGAUGACAGUAAAGUACAGACUGAUGACGGAAAACUCCUGACUGUGAAAGGAGUAUUAUUGACUGAUGACGUGAGACUACUAAUUCAUGACGGAAAACAACUAACCGAUAACGAAAAAUUACUGACUGAUGACGGAAAACUACUGACGUAUGACGAGAGAGUACUGACUGAUAACGGAAAACUACUGACUGAUAACGGAAAAUUAUUGACUAAUGACGAAAAACUACUGUCUGAUGACGGAAAACUACUGACUGAUAACGGAAAACUACUGACUGAUGACGGAAAAUUAUUGACUGAUGACGAAAAACUACUGACUGAUGACGGAAAACUACUGACUGAUGACGGAAAAUUAUUGACUGAUGACGAAAAACUACUGACUGAUGACGGAAAACUACUGACUGAUGACGGAAAACUACUGACUGAUGACGGAAAACUACUGACUGAUAACGGAAAGCUACUGAGUGAUGACGGAAAAUUAAUGACUGAUGACGAAAAACUACUGACUGAUGACGGAAAAUUAUUGACUGAUGACGGAAAAUUAUUGACUGAUGACGGAAAACUAUUGGCUGAUGACGGAAAACUAUUGACUGAUGACUGAAAACUAUUACCUGAUGACGAAAAACUAUUGACUGAUGACGAAAAACUAUUGACUGAUGACGGAAAAUUAUUGACUGAUGACGGAAAACUAUUACCUGAUGACGGAAAACUAUUGACUGAUGACGAAAAACUAUUGACUGAUGACGAAGAACUAUUGACUGAUGACGGAAAACUAUUUACUGAUGACGGAAAACUAUUGACUGAUGACGGAAAACUAUUGACUGAUGACGGAAAACUAUUGACUAAACUACUUCUAAAACUCUUAUGGGGAUGGGUUCGGACGAAAAUCCACUCAGGAAAGGUUACUGACAAAUUACAGAAAUCUAAUUGGGGAGGGUAACUGACAGAUGACGGACUUCUGACAUAACUUUACUCGGAAAAUGUUAUUAACUUAUUACGGGAAUAUCCUUGGAAAGAGUUACUGACUGAAGAAAUUUUACCUAGGGAAGACUACUGAUUGUAUGAAAGCACACAACUAAUAUAGACGACAGACAUCUAACUAAUCGAAUAUCUAGUCAGUGACACACGUAAUGAGUUUUCAACACAUUUAUAACUACAAACAGUUUUCUCUUCGUUUCUAAUACUUUUAGGGAGAACAUUUUGCUGAAAUUAUUUUUGAGAAUAAGAGACUUAAGGAAAGGAAUCUAUUUUUGCGACCGAUUGAUCAACUGUUCAACAAAUUUUCACUAACUUCCAACUGUUACUGUCCCUACGGAAACAAACAUCAACCACCUAAUCCUCACAUUUACUGUUGCAUCAAAACAACUUCAUAACUGAUCAACACACUGUGCGGUUACAGCAGAAUGACUAUUUAACUUUCGGUCAACUGUUACGACGAACACACACUGUUCAUCUUAUCAAUAACCUCUAGUGUUAUGACAAAAACACUUUUUACUGGACAUCAAAUUUUACUGUUGCGACAGGACAACUCUUUAUCUGCUUACCAACUUUUACUGUUGCGACGAAAAGACCGCCGCACUGCUCAUUAACAUUGAGUGUUACGACGCAACGACCUUUUAACUGAUCUUCAAAUUUUACUGUUACGACAGGACAACUUUUUAUCUGCUUACCAACUAUUACUGUUGCGACGAAAAGGCUGCCGUACUGCUCACUAACUUAACGUGUUACGGCGAAACGACCGUUUGACUGAUCAUCAAAUUUUACUGUUACGACAGAACAACUCUUUAACUGCCUACCAACUGUUACUGUUGUGACGAAAAGGCUGCCGCACUGCUAACUAACUUUACGUUUUACAGCGAAACGACCGUUUGACUGAUCAUCAAAUUUUACUGUUACGACAGAACAACUCUUUAACUGCCAACAACUGUUACCGUUGGGACGAAAAGACAACCGCACUGAUCAAUAACUUUGCGUCUUACGGCGAUAAGCCCGUUUAAAUGAUCAUCAACUUUACUGAUACGACACGAAAACUGUUACUGUUACGACAAAAACACUCUUUAAUUGAUCAUUAGCGUUUAGUGUUACGGCAAAACGACUGCAUAACUGAUCACUAAAUUUUCUGUUACGAUAGCAAAACUGAUUGACUAUCAACUGUUACUACGGCAACAUAAACAACGUUUAACUGACAAAUUUACUGUUACGACAAUGUAACUGUUUAACCCUUUUGAUAUCGGGAGUGGGGUGUGGCGAAAAAAUGCCCUACCUGGCAUACUUAGUAACAAAAGAACAGUUAGCUUGAUGGCCUUAAAACGCAACUUUCUGUGGGCGAGUUUAUCCUUUUAGAAAAAUUUUAAGCGGGUGGUACACCACGCCCAUUUCCAAAAGCUUUGUCUUAUAUUUUGUCAAUUUUUUAUUAUAUCAGUGAUUUCCUUUAUCAAAAUUCUUUACUUGAGGUUUGUACGUAAUAAAUAGUUUAUACACUUUACGCCCCUUUGCAUCUCAUUAAAAGGCGUAUCAUUUUUUGUCAAACUGGCGCAUCAAUAAGUUACAGAAUUAUGGCCAAGAUGUUAAAACGUCACUCGAAGUACUAAAUAUUAAAUUUCAAUAUUUUUUUACAAAUAUCGCUAAAAAUUAAUUCAAAGCAAUAGAUCUUUAAGAACUGGAAUUUAACAAAAAAUGCUGACGUUGGCAAAAAUAUUGCCGACAGUCAUAAAUUCAUUUAAAAUAUGAUUUUCAAUCGUCAUAUCACAGACGUCAUUGGUUAUUAUGACUUACAACCCAACAUAAGGGAAGUUAUGAGGGUAGGGAAUUUUUAUUAUCCCUUCCAUAACUUCACUACACUCCCACCCUCUAUACCACGGAAUAAAAAGGUUUAAAUGACUACCAACUGUAUAAUGAAUUUAUUCUGAACUGAUCGUUAACUUAUAUAGCAACACAACCGUUCAACCAAUUGUUACUGUUACGUUAACUGUUUGAUUGACUACCAACUGUUACUAUGGCGACGGAAACAAUGUUUAACUUUUCAUCGACUCUUAAAUACUGUUACGACAAAACAAUUGUUUGUUUUUUUAAUUAUAUUUUUCCAACUGCUUAGUCACUACACUUCGCUGUUACGACAUUGACACUGUUUGACUAGCCUUCACACGUAAAUACUUAACUGCUUGUUAACUGCUUGCUAAAUCUCAGUGUUAGGACAAAAAAAUCUUCGAACUAGCCACUAUAAAUUUUAAUUUUACGACAGAAUAUUUUUUCAAUUUUACCGGCACAAUAAACAACCUUUUAACUGAUCGCUCCUUUUAACGUUGACGAAACUCAUUGCGAAAUUCUGAUACCAAAUGGACACGUUUAAGUGUGACAAAUAUAUUUUGAAAUUCUACAGAACUACUGUUAAACUUUUAUCUUGUUUGACGUGUGCUCAGCUACAUUUUAUUAUUGCAGAAGAAAAAAUCACUGCUUUUAGUCUGCUUCAUAACUAUACCGAUCAAUAAACUGAUACGACAAAAUGGUUGUGACGUUGUGACGAAGGGGUUUUUGAAGGAAAA